AUGACAGAGGUUACAUGGGGGGUCAUCGUCAAGGCGGUGGAGGACGGCAAGAGAGACAACCCGUUCCACAAUUGCCCGAUGUGCGAGUGCAUCUUCUGGUGUUUUCCGCUGCUUUGUUUGCAGUGCGUCUUGUGUCUCAUGCUGAACCCCUGUGCUUGGUGGGCCGCCAUGAAGACCAAUCGGGGCGUGCGCUCGGCGGCCGAGACGGUGAGCCAGCAGCUGAAGCGAAGCAACCCGCAGUGGGAUUGCAACGCGGAGCUCGGUGCUACGCGGAAUUAUAUUGUGCUCUCUGCGCGCGCCCGAGAUGGGCCAUGUUUGUGA